AUGAAGGGUAACGAUGGGUUUUACACGAACGAUUACGAAAAUGUACCUGAUGAAAUGAAAUUCAAAAGUAAGAAAAAAUUGAAGGACAAAAUUUUGGUAUGGUGUGCAAUUUCUGAGGCUGGCUUUAUCUCACAGCCCUACAUUGGUGUUGUUCGAGGCGAAGCCUUAAACGCAAAUAUUUAUAUUCAAAGAUAUCUCUCUAAAUUGGUUCAGUUUGUGAACACACAUCAUGCAAAUGAUCAAAUAGUCUUUUGGCCAGAUCUUGCUUCAUGUCAUUACGCGAGGAUCACAAGGGACUGGUACGAAACUAACAACAUUACCUUUGUACCGAAAGCAGACAAUCCCCCCAACCUACCUCAGGCUCGUCCAGUUGAAGAGUUCUGGGCAAUAUUAAGUCGGAAAGUGUAUAAUAACGGAUGGGAAGCACAAAAGCAGGAACAGUUAAGACGCCGCAUAUAUACAAAAAUUAGAGAAAUUGACGCCGAGGUCGUCCAAAGGAUGAUGCAACGUGUCAGGGGAAUUAUUAGGCAAAUCGAAAAUAAUGGUCUUUCUUACAAGAAGAACCGAAGAGAAAUGAUGAAAAUGUUACCUGAAGAUUCGUUUAGUAUAAACCAGAUAAGUCUGGAGUCCGAAGAAGUGACAAUAAACAAUUCUAUUUGUUCUAAAGAUUUAAAUUACAAAAACAAUGUGAACGAACCUAUGAGUAUUGAAACUGGAGAAGGACGGGAGAAGAACAAAUGUGAAAUUUGUUUUAAGCAGUUUAGCACAUCAAGCAGUUUGAAACGGCAUUUCAUCGUGCAUACUGGAGAAAAGCAUCACAAGCAGUUUAGUCAACUUAAUAGUUUGAAAGAACAUUUGAUGCGACACACUGGAGAAAGGCCUUACAAGUGUGACGUUUGUUUCAAAUCGUUCACUCGAGCACCCGAACUGAAAAAGCAUAUGAGUGCGCAUACUGGAGAAAAGCCUCACAAGUGCGAAAUUUGUAGUAGGCAGUUUUCUCAGAAAGUUCAUUUGAAAACACAUUUGAGAUUACACACUGGGGAAACACCUUAA